UCGGCAUCUUCAAAUUUCACCUUGCCUGACCAGGUUCUGAAGAUAACUGCGCCUGCUACUUAGCCUGCGCCGCUCGCGACCUCCUAUGGCUUCCUGCAGGCUCCUGUGAUCCCCGCAAACUUAAAUAGACAAGACAAAGGGAAAAUAUACCGGACAAGCUCAAAACCUUCGAAGAACCUGGGUCAAAUACCUUUUCUGGUUUUCUUCGAAAUUCUGGAUUGGUAUUUCCAGUCAAAAGCACAGCAUGAUUUUAACAGAGAUUCCGGGGGCUGCUUCUUUUAUGUACUCUUAUAAGCCUGCCUUUGAGGGUCCUAAAAUUUUGGCCCCCCACUUUAGAUCUACCACCAUGCCCCCAUCUUAUAGUAGUCCUACCAAGAGGUCCCCCAGAUCCCCGUACGCCAAAGGAAACCCUUCCAACCAACGUUUGGCUCAGCGUGACGGUGGACCAUGGAUUCUACGACAAGACGCCGCAAAAACGUAUAAACUCCAGCUCAAAGACCUCGAUCUCAUUGAUCCAAUCGAAGUGCAACCCAAUCCCCACGGUCGAGGAGAAAUGCGCAAAUAUAACGAAAGAGACGUCGCAGCGCUUGCCAGAAGGCUUCAUUACGCUAAAGCUUCCAACACUACCAUGAUUGCUGUGUCUUCCACCGAUGGCGGGUCGACCAUUUUGACUCCCGCGCAAAUUUUGGCUGUACCCUCGGGUCCCCAAAUACUGAGGACCCAUGCGUUGAACGAUUUCGAUCUCACCCGUGCCCAGUUGGAUACUAUUCGACCUGUUUCAGUUGAACCCAAUCCACAUGGCGCUCAUUUUCAACCAAUGAGAUAUUAUAACCGAUGUGAUGUCGAGGCUCUUCACGAGCGAUUGCAGAGGGCGAAGGCCAGAGAUUGAAUCCUUUACCUCUAAUGCGAUAUGCUCCCGCUGUAUAUGUACUUUUAUCCGCAACCUCGCUGCGACACGGCUUCGUCUUUCUGACUCUUAUAUCUCCGUUCACGUUCAAUCCCGAAAAUAUAAAACAUUUAGUGACCUACAUACUUGAUACUUGGUACUGCACGCUGUAUACUAUGUUACUCCCCCAAACAGUGCUACGUUAUAUUGUAAACCCAUAGUAUCGUUUCGCAAUCGUUAGCGAUCCCAUUGUCAAUGGCCUU